UCGACACCAAAAAAAUCAACAAGUCCUUACAAAACCCACAAACUCACUGCAAAAUUGCUCUGUCUCACAACCUCUAUCAUUCUCAAAACUUCUACAAGUCUUCUCUCAAAUAAUGUCUCCAAUCAACCUCCUCACACCCCCUUACAACUUCUCCCUCAAAACGCUCUACCGCGCACCUCCGCAUCAUUGAUUCCGGCGUCCGCAUCUCCAAAAUCCCCACUUCAACCUCCCUAUCCCCCUCCCCAUCCACCUUCCCCACCUUCCCCCCUCUCCCAGCAUGGUCCUACCUCAUAACCUCCCCCACCACAAACCGCACAAUCCUCUUCGAUCUCGGCGUGCCCAAGAACUGGAAAACCACAUAUCCGCCACACCUCGUUAACCGAAUCGAAGGACUAGGCUGGGACAUCACGUUCACCGACAACGGCGUUCCCGAAGAACUAGACCGCGCAGGCGUGAAGGUAGACGAUAUCGAAGCCGUGGUAUGGAGCCACUCGCACUGGGAUCAUAUCGGGGAUAUGUCGAUUUUCCCACCCAGCACGAACUUAGUUGUCGGUCCUGGAUUCAAGGACAGAUAUGUCCCUGGGUACCCUACGAACGCGACCGGCGAGGUCCCGGAAUCCGCGUGGACGGGCCGCACGCUGCGCGAGAUUUCUCGGCAGGAGUUUGAAGGGUCUGGGGUUCGUGUUGGAGAGUUGUCGGCGUGGGAUUAUUUUGGGGAUGGGAGUUUUUAUUUAGUUGCUACGCCGGGACAUGUGCCGGAAGGUGGGGAGAGGGACGGAGAUGGGGGAGAAGAUAGUUUUGUGUUUUUGGGCGCGGAUAUUUGCCAUCAUGCUGGCGAGUUGAGACCGUCGAGGUACUUGCAUAUACCUGAAGGCGAUUGUUCGAACUUGCUUUCGUCAGGAGCGGUAUGUCCGGGUGAAGUAUCUCAAUCGCCUCGGGAGAGUAAAGAGAGAGGUGGGGACGAGCCAUUUUUCACGCCUGCGUUGGCUAAGGAUACCCCGCUGGCUAUGGACUCGAUUUACAAGGCGCAGGAGGCGGAUGGGAAGAAUAACGUUCUGUUUUUAUGGGCGCAUGAUGUGGAGCCGUUUGAGUCUGCGGAGCUUUCUCCCAAGUACGCAAAUGAUUGGAAGAAGAAGGGGUGGAAGGGGAAAAUGAUUUGGUCUUUCUUGGGGGACCUUGAACAGAAGGAGAAGGCAUAAGUCUGUGGCCGACUAGUGCAAAUCAUCGUAUUUUCAGUCAUUACUAUGGGAUUUGGAUAUAAAUUGGUGAUGUGGACCGCAUAGGAAAAGUCGACGCGAUCACUGCAAUGUAGGUUUCACAUCAUAACGAUCGUCAAUAGAUUAAAGUGAAAACCUCAUCCGCAUUACCCAUUUUCCUAACCACCUAUCUUGUCCUAUGCUCAUUUCCCUAUUAACAAAACGCAAAAGACACAAUAUCAACAGCAAAACGCUAGAUAGACAACCCAAGAAAGACUCGCGUACUUGGCAACCCAUAAGGUGAAACUCCUGUCACCCAGAACCCGCAAAACCCAAAAACCAGAAAUCUCAACUCCCCCAGGAAAAAGGCUACUCGGAGAGGAAAACGACGCAAACAGACAGCGAGAACCCAGUCCCCUCACAAAAACGCCCUGGACCUGAUAACAACCCGAAUAGUCCGUUUCCUUUUGAUGCUGCCCCCAGCUUUUGCUGCAACAUCCGCGCCACCAACUCCAACAACGCUAUCACUCCUCGCAACACCGAAUCCAUCAUCAUCAUCAGCGUCGUCAUCAUCGUCAAUGUCAGACCCAUCUUCAUCACUGAUCUCAAUCUCCUUAACCACAUCGCCCUCCCUCAAUUUCCCUUCUUCCCCAGCACCGAGUUCAAAAGCGACAAGGGUUCUAGCCUCGUCAUCUUCAUCAUUAAGGUCAUCAAAAACAUCUCCUUCAUCUUCGCUAUCCCUUUGAUAGCCGGAUUGCUGCUGACUCUGGUCGGCAUCAUCCUCUUCUUCAUCCACCUCCUCAACGACAGAAGGUGGAUAAAACACACUCCC